GUUUUAGUUUGAAAUUUAAUUUAAACUUUAUUUCAUUAAUACAUUAAUUAUUAAUUUAAAUAUUGAAAUAUUUAUCGCAUUUUAUAUUCAUUUAUAUUUGGUUUGUAUUUGAAGUGCAAUAUUGGACUCAAUUAGAGGUGAAAUCAAAGUUACAUAUGUUUUGUGGCAACGAUUGAGUGAUUUGUUUGGUAUUGCUUUACAGAGAUCUCCAAAAACUAUGAUUUUGUUAUGAUUUUCACUUUAAUUAAAUGCAAAACUAAUUAAUGAAUGAAUUAAUGGUUUAGUGGUUGACAUAAAAGUGUUGAGAAGAUGUGUAAGAAGUGUGAAAUAGUGGACACAAACGGAAGACACGGCCACUCGUCGAAGAAGGGAUGCAUUGAAAAUGGGGUCAACUCUCAAGAUAUUGAAUCCAAGGCUAAGAAGAGGUGUUUGGAUGCCAUUGAAGAGCAAGAGUUCACUGAAUGGGAGGGAAUCAAAAGGAGACGAAUUUGUCCGCAAAAUGUUGUGAUCCGACUCUUGAGACGUGAACUGAGUUUCGGUGGCCAUAGAAGUGGUAGAAGUGAGAGGAAUGGUAUGCGAGCUCUGCAUCAGAACAUUGCGCCCAACUUUACGAUUGUAAACAUCGAAAAACCCAAUUGUUUUCUCCGGAAGUUCACACCCGACGGACGCUUCCUAUUGGCGUUCAGCGCAGACCAGACCUGUAUAGAGAUCUAUCAAUAUAUGGGUCCGUCGGCCGCUUCCCAUCUCCUCAAAGACAUCCCUUCGUCGCAAGAGUUCACAUCCAAUGGAAACGACGAGCAGUCGGUUCGCCUUAAGAGCAAAGUGUUUGAGACAUUUUUCAAACUCAAACAUGUGGUGAAUGUGACCACAAAUGGCGAACAAUUGAAUCGCGAGUGCAGUCUCUUCACAGAUGACAGCCGUUACGUAAUCGUGGGUUCGGCCGCUUUUGUUGCCGACGAAUUGCCGCCAAUUUAUUUCGAUAUUUACCGCAACAACGAAUCCGUGUCUCCAAACUCGAGGUCUCCUCUCGAAGACUACUCUUUGCAUUUGAUUGAUAUAACGAAUGGAAGAGUUUGUGAUAAACGAGUCUUCAAAACAGACAAAAUAUUUCUAUCCCAUAAUCAGGGCAUCUAUUUAUACGACAACACACUGGCGGUGCUGUCAGUACAGCACCAAACCAUUCAUGUUUUCCAUAUCUCAAAAGAGGGACAAUUCAUUGACGCCAAAAGCAUCGGUCGGUUCUGUCACGAAGACGACGAGUUUCUGGUCUCGUCGGCCGCGUCUCGAGAGCGCUCGUCCAGUACUGGUCGACAUCAGACACAAGUGCGACCAUUCCGUGAAGUGACCAUUAAUGCACUCAAACACCGAUUAAUGGUUUUCCUAUACAGACGGGCAGAACUUGAGAGCCAAUUAAAAGGCAAUUAUCUGCCGAUCAGAAGGUUUUACCAGAAUUUCGACCAGUUUUGUUCGCUUAGGGUUUGGAAAAUGCAAUUAUUAGAUGAAAAUCACUUACUUUUGAGAUACGCGAGCGAAGAAGUCAUUACAUUACGUUUAUCUGAUCUCAAUAGUCCGCCAUCUCUUUUUGUGGUCUACAAUAUGAUCACGAGUUGUGUUAUCGCUGUCUUCGAGAACACGUCCGAAGAAUUGUUGCAACUCUUUGAGAGUUUUUGUGAUUUGUAUCGCAACUGUUCGCUGCGAAGUCCAUCCCAAUUGAUUUGCUCGCCUUCUAAUAACAUUCAUUCCAGACUUCUUCAGCAGAGAUUCAAACAAACUAUCAUUAAUGCCAGAAAUGGCGGUCACACCGAAGCUGUGAGACGACUGUUGGCACAGUUGCCCAUCAGUGCUCAAUCAUAUACCUGCAGCCCAUACUUGGAUCUAUCGCUCUUCAGUUAUGAUGACAAAUGGAUUUCAGUGAUGGAAAGACCGAAAGCAUGCGGUGAUCAUCCGAUUCGCUUCUAUGCCAGGGAUUCGGGAAUUUUAAGGUUUAAAAUAUAUGCCGGACUUCAAAAUAGAAGUUCCGGUUCAGUGGCCCGAAGACUGGUUGCCUUCACAUUACAUCCAACGGAUCCGUUGUUGAUAAGCGUUCAACGAACUAAUGCUGAAUAUGUGGUCAAUUUACACGUUAGACACUCCAACCCAUAAUUAAUUAUAUAGUUUAGGAUUUUUAGGUUUGAAUCUCUCAUACAAUUGC